GACAAACACCUGAUCGAUCUUGGCUGACCAAUUUGUUCAGUGCUUAGUGCUGUUGAUCAUCUGCAGUCACCCACAGUAGCCAAAUUAAUUAAGCAGGAAGGAAACCAUGUCUGCCGCGGAGGGAGCCGUCGUGUUCAGCGAGGAGCAGGAGGCGCUGGUGCUCAAGUCAUGGGCCAUCAUGAAGAAGGAUUCUGCCAACCUCGGGCUCCGCUUCUUCCUCAAGAUAUUCGAGAUUGCGCCGUCGGCGAAGGACAUGUUCCCGUUCCUACGCAACUCCGACGUGCCGCUGGAAACCAACCCCAAGCUCAAGACCCACGCCGUCUCCGUCUUCGUCAUGACGUGUGAGGCGGCUGCGCAGCUGCGGAAAGCCGGCAAGAUCACCGUGAGGGAGACCACCCUGAAGAGGCUGGGUGGCACGCACCUGAAGUACGGCGUGGCCGACGGCCACUUUGAGGUGACAAGGUUCGCUCUGCUGGAGACGAUCAAGGAGGCGGUUCCCGCUGACAUGUGGGGCCCGGAGAUGAAGAACGCGUGGGGCGAAGCUUACGACCAGCUCGUCGCCGCCAUCAAGCAAGAGAUGAAGCCUUCUGCUUAGGCGCAUGCAGCUCUCCGCUAUAUACCACCAUUCUAUUUCCAUCCACGAUCCGUCGAACCAUUGUUGCUUGGUCGGCGAUUCACUCGCGUCACCAUCACUUGCUGUUCUAAUGUUCCUCAGUGGAAAAAAAGAGUGUGUGUAUAUAUUAUUGUUUUUUUUUGUGGGGUGGGGGGAAUGGAUUUUGUGUUGUGUGUAAUAAAUCCUUUUAUGAUAAAUCGUGAGCUGACUAAAGAUCUGGAAGUUCAAAUAGAGAAAAA